AUGUACCAGACUUUAAUUUCUUCAAAAUCUCAUCAGGAUCUCCUGUCUCUUGUCCCCGGGAAGUUGGUCACUAAAGCCUGUCCCAUGUGUCAGACUUUGAUCACAAGAAACGAUUUGUCUGAAGACAUGAAUCAGGCUGCUUUCUGGGUGGUUCAAAAUCUGGGACGCUGUAAAUGGCCUGCAAACCGUCCUUGGCUUGACCAGUGUCGUCUCACCGGAGCAUGGUACUCGCAUAAUGAAGAAUACUGGUAUCGAUCGCAGAACUUGCGGAAGAUGACGCAAGGUGUUCACGGUCAGUGGGAAAGAGAUUACUGCCUGGAACAGAAGAGAAGGUUGCUUCAAAAUCAACGCGAAGCCUCACGAACUACAGGUGAGGGAAACGAGAUAGAUCUUACUCUCCCGGUGCUGCUUCUUUUAGAAUCGUGUGAUAUGCACUCCUGGGAUAGCUCAUUUCUAUUUUAA